AUGAAGUUUCCAGAGCCCCUGGCCGUGGCCCUGGGCCUCCUCACCUUCGCCUCGCUCCAAGGGCUUGCGAGGGCUGGAAAGCUGCGGUCGACGCGGAGGAAUGUCGGUGUCGUCGUGGUGGGAGAUCCUUCCUUCCAGCGCCGCUAUCAGGCGCAGAUCAAGAGCCUGAGGUGCUAUGCUGACAGGCACGGCUAUGACAUGCACCUCCUCACGGCUUCCGAGUAUGGCGAGUGCAAACGCUUCAAGGACUUCUUCUUCAGAAAGCAUUGCACUGUGUCGAAGUGGCUGGAAACCCAGCCGGCCCACUACAUUGCAGCGGUCUUCGAUGGCGAUGUCGUGGCUGCAGCACCAAAGAGGGGCCUGGACGCGUGGAUUGACCAUGGGGCGGACGUGCAGCUUUACAACCGCUGCUUGUUUCACGAGAUCAUGGCCGGCAACUACAUGGUUCGAAACACACCCUUCUCUCGGGACUUCCUCAUGCGCUGGGCCAAGUACUACGACCGCCGGCCCAAAGGCUUUUCCUCCGCGGACAACGGUGCGAUACAGCUUGUCGUGAUGGAGACUCUCCGUGUGGAGGGAUUCGAUACGUGCUUCAACAUGUACGAGAACCUGACAAGCUCAGUGUCGAACCUGCAGCCAUACUGGGAUUACGUGCACUGCACCAAGGAGGCCUUGCCCCUCCCCAAGCAAAAGACCUAG